UGCCAUGGCAACAAGCUAGAGCAUCGCCAUUUUGUCAGUAGGGUUUUUUUCCCAGCUCAGUCUUUUCAAAUGUUCUCCCUUCCCGCCGGAAUAAUGCUGCCAGUGGAUAUAUAUUUGACGUUUUUGGAUAUCGAAAUGCGUCUAGUGGACCGGAUUAAGAAGAUCAAGAGGCCGACGUUUUAACAUAGUUGAAAUAAUUAGGCGGCGCCGCACUAACUCAGUUGUCCGUGUCUCUGGUCCACCGGGCCGGUUCACUGCGCAGGUUUGGACCGCGCGCCAUUUUGUGAAAAUUGACACAAAAUUCUUAACCAAAAUUAUCAGAGGACACGGUUUCUGUUUCAUGUUUGAAACACUCUGGAUUCAACAGCAUUGUCGUCAUCGUCGACGCUGCCGACGCUAAAUGUGCUAAAGACACGGUAAAAUCUGGAUUUGGCGUAACGUUUAUUUAGCGGCGGCUAAAAGUGUUAGCUCGAGGCUAGCCAGCAGGUAGCUAAUGCUAGCUAGCCGUUCCGCUGAGGUUAGCUAGCCAGUUAUGCGUGCUAGUCAACGCUAGCAUGCUGCUAGUCACCAGCUGAUGGUAACCUUAGUCAAACGCUGAUGUUGUGCACUGAAGCUCGGGAGAUGAGACGCGUUUUAAGCCAGUGUGGAGGAUUAUUUUAGAGGUAGCCGAGCUGCGGACCGGGGACCGGAUUCACCGUUAACGUUACUCGCUAACCGUGCAGGGAGGGGAGAGAAGCAAGCUGGAUAAGUUUCCUCAUCAUACAGGUUAUUGGACUUUAAAUGAAGAUCGUGCCAUCAGAGGGGAGCAGAGGACCACACGGACGGAGAGUCCCGCUGCUCCGGCCGACGAGAGGCACACUGUCAUCUGGUUUGCUGCUGGACUCUCCUGCCAGGAUGAUAUGAAAUUUUACAGGAGAUGAUGCAUCCAGGAGGAGAGACUUCAGCAUGCAAACCUUCGUCCGUCCGGCUUGCGCCCUCUUUUUCUUUACACACUGCUGGUCUUCAGAUGGCUGCUCCAAUGCCCCAUACGCACCAGCAGUACAGUGACCGCCACCAGCCAAGCACUGACCAAUCUGUUACGGUUUUACCGUACAGCGACCAGACACCACAGCUCACUGCCAAUCAGAGGCACAUGCCCCAGUGCUUUCGUGACCCAACUUCAGCUCCCCUGAGGAAGCUCUCCAUUGACCUUAUCAAAACAUACAAACACAUCAAUGAGGUGUAUUAUGCAAAAAAGAAGCGACGGCACCAACAGGGUCAGGGUGAAGACUCCAGUCACAAAAAAGAGAGGAAAGUCUUCAAUGAUGGCUAUGACGAUGAUAACUAUGACUACAUCGUCAAGAAUGGGGAGAAGUGGAUGGACCGCUAUGAGAUUGAUUCCUUGAUAGGAAAAGGAUCAUUUGGACAGGUUGUGAAAGCGUACGACCGUGCUGAGCAGGAAUGGGUUGCCAUUAAGAUCAUCAAGAACAAGAAAGCUUUCCUCAAUCAAGCCCAGAUUGAAGUGCGCCUCCUAGAGCUCAUGAACAAACAUGAUACCGAGAUGAAAUACUACAUCGUUCACCUAAAGCGUCACUUCAUGUUCCGGAACCACCUCUGCCUCGUGUUUGAGAUGCUUUCCUAUAACCUGUAUGACCUACUCCGAAAUACCAACUUCCGCGGUGUCUCGCUCAACCUCACCCGGAAGUUUGCCCAGCAGCUAUGCACGGCGCUGCUCUUCCUGGCCACGCCUGAGCUCAGCAUCAUCCACUGUGACCUGAAGCCUGAAAACAUCCUCCUUUGUAACCCCAAGAGGAGUGCCAUCAAAAUAGUGGACUUUGGCAGCUCAUGCCAACUGGGACAAAGGAUAUACCAAUAUAUCCAGAGUCGCUUCUACCGUUCCCCAGAGGUGCUGCUGGGAAUGCCCUAUGACCUGGCCAUCGACAUGUGGUCCUUGGGUUGCAUCUUGGUAGAGAUGCACACUGGAGAACCUCUCUUCAGCGGAGCCAAUGAGGUGGACCAGAUGAACAAAAUAGUCGAGGUUCUUGGUAUCCCACCUAAUCACAUAAUGGACCUAGCCCCAAAAGCCAGGAAGUUUUUUGAGAAGCUUUCAGAUGGUACAUGGAGUGUUAAGAAGACCAAAGAUGGCAAAAGGUAUAAGCCUCCAGCCUCUCGGAAGCUCCACUCCAUCCUGGGUGUGGAGACAGGGGGUCCAGGUGGCCGGCGGGCGGGGGAGUCUGGCCAUGCUGUUGCUGACUACUUGAAGUUCAAGGACCUGAUCCUCCGGAUGUUGGACUAUGACCCUAAGAGCCGCAUCCAGCCCUACUAUGCCCUGCAGCACAGCUUCUUCAAGAAGACUGCGGAUGAGGGGACCAACACAAGCAGCAGCGUGUCCACAAGCCCCGCAUUAGAGCAGUCCCAGUCUUCAGGAACCACCUCCAGCACCUCCUCUAGUUCAGGAGGAUCUUCUGGGACAAGUACCAGUGGCAGAGCAAGAUCAGACCCUACCCAUCACCACUUGCACAGUGGAGGACACUUCGGCGCGGCCUUGCCUACCAUCGAUGGUGACAGCCUCUGCCCACAGGCAAGACAGCCUUACCCACCCCCUCUGGUGUGGGGAGGUGGUGUUGGACCAGAGUCAGUCGCUGGAGAGACCCACCCAGUCCAGGAGACCACCUUCCAUGUCCCCCCUCAGCACCCUAAGGCCCUGCAUCCCCACUCACAUACUCAUCACCACCACGGGCAGAUGAUGGCUACACGACCACGCCCACGCCACUACACCUCCCCGACACACAGCUCCUCAACACAGGACUCCAUGGAGGUAGUUCAUGGCCAUCUGUCCAUGACCUCCCUGUCUUCCUCUGCCUCCUCUUCCUCUACAUCGUCCUCUUCCACUGGGAACCAUGGCAACCAGGCCUACCAGCUCCGCCAUUUGCCUGCCGGAGCCCUUGACUUUGGUCAGAAUGGUGGGCUGAGCAUGGGGCUAGGUGCCUUCUCGAACCCACGGCAGGAGACUGGCAUGGCAGCGCACCCUGCAUUCUCCAUGGGCACGAACACAGGGCCUGCCCACUACCUAGCGGAAGGCCACCUGGGCAUGAGGCAGGGCAUGGACCGGGAGGAAUCUCCAAUGACUGGAGUGUGUGUGCAGCAGAGUUCUAUGGCCAGCUCGUGACUGCACUGACAUUUGGCUGUGUGUUCCCCCCUGUGCGUCAUUUUUAAGGUGGUGUUUUUUACUACAAGGUGUGUUGAGAACAAAAGCUGCUCACGUCAGAAGGGAGAUAUCACUGAACCGCUACUACAGAGAAAAAGCUUUGUUAAAAGUAUAUAUGUAAUUUUCAUCCGUUUUUCUUUUGCAAUCAUUAGGCACAAAAUAAUACUGCGGAAUAAACAUAGUGAGAUUGAGACAUCCAUCUUACCAUUUCACCAGUUUCAUGUAACCACCAAGUAAUCACCAUAUGGUAUUUUGUGGCAAAAUCUUCUAAGGAGCAUUUCAGAGCAAAGUUUGAAGCUGUUUUGCAGGUAGCUGUUGGUGAUGAAAUGCUUGGCGUCCUCUUUCGGUUCAAACUGUGGACUGCCUGACAUUAUUGUUCCACUGGUUCUUAAUUAUUUUGCCCUUUUUUAAGUGAAAUUUCUCGUAAAAGCUGCUUGUAAAUCCUGUAGCUUGACAAUGAGGGGGAAGUGUUUGCGGUGAUAUUUCUUGUUGUUGGUCGGUAUUGUGUAACUCUGUUAAAGGGGAGCACAUAGCAGUGGAGUCCCUAUAGCUUGUGCUGGCCGGGUGGAGAGGAGACCCUGGAGGUGGAUACUGACACCAACUGGGUCAAAGGAGAGGGAGGCACCACCCCUCAGGCCUAGAGGCCCCGUAGUCCUGCAAGCUGCAACCCGGCCCCGGCACAGAUGAGAGCAGCGAUGGGCGCAGGAGACGAAAGGAUCCAGCCCAGUUAAAGGAAGACAGUCAGCGGCUGGUUCUAGAUAAUCCUUUGGCCUUAUGACUCAUGGACUUGGAAUGGGAUGGAGCUGGACAUUAUCAUUUGAAUUAAGAUGGCUUUUCUCUAUUUUUCUCUCUAGACAGCCCUUAAUUCUUUAAGGAAAUUAAAACAACUUAGAAAAGGUAAAUAAGAAUGGUAAUUUGAGGCCUUUCUCGACAAAGAUUUCUUCUUCAGCAGGGCCCCACAUAACAGGGUCUUAUUGUACACAACAACCUCCUAAACAUUACUUCCUUGAAAAUCUUAUUCACUGGUUAAGGAUUUUGCAGUGGAAAGAACUAUCUAUUCCAGAGUCUACCCUUUUAUGUUUUGUUAUUUUUCCCUUUUGCAUGUAGUUCCUCAUCAGAACCACCUGCACAAGUCUCUCCAUCCAAAACAUGGAAACUGAAGAAAAAAAUGAGUUAAGUGACUGCCUUUUUUCUCCUCAAAUUAUGCUGUGAAUUUUACAAGAAUUUAUUUUCCCUUUGGAUAUGUUUUUAUACCAAAGCAGUUGUUUUAUAGCAUAUAGGUGUCUGUAACCAAUAAUGUAGCAGUUCACCACUUUGACGCAAAGUUUAUCAAGAUCUUAUUUUAACGUCAAUACAAACAGCUGCAAUAUAUUACUUUAGCAAAACUGGAGACCGUUGUUGAGACCGUUGGCUAUUGUGUAUUCUGGCCAGAUUUGUUUGCAACGUUUUACCAAAACUGUUUCCAUAUUAAUUGGUAGAUUAUUUUGGGAGUCUUUUAAAAACUUUGGUAUGUUAGAGAAUUUGGUAGUUACUCUGCAGGCUCCGGAGUAGCAAGAUAGAAGCUGAUGGUUUAAAAAAAAAAAAAAAAGGAGACUAAUGCGUUCUAUUUCUGUGUCGUCGUUUUUCUUUUGCCCCCAUCAUACUAUUUCAAAGGGUUUUGCUGCCUUUCAUACAUCAUUUGGUCAACUUGGCUAGUUUCUGCUGUGAAGCAUGACUUAAUGUCAUUGUCUUGGCAGGGUAAGAAUAAUUGUGGCAAAUCAGUUUGUGUUGAAUGGUAUUUUUCUGAUUUGGAAGGGCAAAUCCCCCAUGAUUGUUGUCCUAUUCAACAGGGAAAGGGUGUCCGUAAGCCCACAAUCACAUGCUUUGCCUAGGCAGACAUGCAUGUCCUCAAAACAUUAGUCAAUAACCAGAUUUUUUUUUUUUUAUAUCAGGGAUUUUGAAGUGCUUUCUUUCUUCUGUUGCUCAUUUUACCAGCUUUGAAAUUAAACAGAAAAACCUGCCCACAGCCACCAUUCAAAUUAAAGGGCAGGCCACAGGUCAUGCUGUUGCCAUUUUAAAGGAGAAACCAUCAUAAGAGACCAUGCUUGGUAUUUCCACAAACACAAAUGUAAAGCUACCUAUAUUGAGAUUGGGGUUUUAUCUGGAUGUCAAGGUUAAUUGCAAAUUUGCAAUCAUUUUUCAUACCCCGCAGAAUUUGAGACAUUUAGAAAUCGCCAGUGGUUUUAUUACUGGCACUCAUACUGGUACUAAACAUUCCAAAAAUAAAGACUGAAAAAGAAAAAAAAUUGACUGCAGUGACUCGUAAGUGUGCGCCUAUUUCAGAUCAUGCUGAUUGACCUCUUAUUUAGAGCAGUUGUCAUGAAAUGCAGCCCCUUUUUAAUAGUUGAAAUAGAAUUUAUGUAUAUAUUUAUAUUUUUUUAAUAAAGGAAGUAUAGAACUCACUACCUUGCUCCUGCUGGUAUGUUGAUUAUGUUUGUCAAUUUGGUGACCAUUCAGUGGGCAGGAACUCCUGUUUUCUUAGUGGCAAAACCUUGCCUUUUGGCAAAGGUACUUGACUACAUCAGGACAACACUAUGAGGUAGGGUUUGAAUCAAACAGGGAAAGCUAGAUCUUCAAACCUUAAUAAUUUUCACAGGGUAUAUUGUAAGUGCAUGUACAUCACAAACCUUACUUUUUGGUUAUAUGAGAAGCACAUGGUUGAAAAAAAAAAAGGUUCCAUCUUUCAUAAGCCUGUUCAGUUUGUGGGUUAUACACAAACACGUAUACUUGUCGACAUAUCUGAACACCCAACAGAAGUUGAAAUCCUCUUAUUUAAUUUGGAUUUAUCCUUUUCAUUUUUGAUUUCACAUUUUUUCACUUUUUUUGUACAUGCAACAUGCACUAUAGAAUUGAACAGCAUGGGGGAAAGGAUAAGUCCAUGUAUCCACAGAUUGUAAGAUCUAGUCAAGACUUUGCUGUGUUUAUGACAAUGCCCUUUGUAUUAUAUUAAGACAGUCUUAUGUAUGAUAUAUAAAAAGAAGUUAAUUGAA